UGUCGAGUGAAGUCUCUAUUUUGCCAAUUUUCGACGUGGUUUUCUUGCCGCCUUUCCACGCGAUCAGUGAAAAUUUUACAGAUCUUUUGUAGCUAAACGUGUCAUUUGUUUUUCAGUUACACCAGCAAAGUAUCUUCUCUCGCCUAUGCCUCAAAAGUAAGGAACAAGGUAUACAACUUCUAAGAGUUAAAUUCAGAGGUUUAGAGGAAAUUUUAUCAUUACAAAACGUGUCACCUACCUGUAAUUAAAACAGAAAAGGCCUAAGCAUUCAAACUACAAUGCAGCAUGAAACCGAGAAAAUGUGUGAGUUCGAAGACGACAAAGUCUCAAACGAGGAAGAAACGAGAACAGUCAGCAUUGAUGGAAAGAACUGUCUCGCAGUAAUUGCAGAAGCGUAUUCCAGCUCAGAGGACGAGACUUCUGCAGACACUCGCCUCAUUGCAGAAAGCAGUUUGGUUGAAGAUAGCAUUGGCAACAAAAUGGACACGAAUGACUUUGUGAAUGUUGGUGUUAAUCUAGGUUCUGUUAGAGAGGAGAGUACAGCUUUGGAAGAACAAAACAACAGCUUAAAUAGGGUUAGCUCGCCUGGGACUGCGCCUCAAAGUAAACUUACCGUAGGGCCUAAAAGUGAUGCUUUUAUGCUCUCAGAACCUGGGAGUGAUGGAUGCGCUCUUGAUUUAAAGGAAAGUGAUAGUCAAUUAGUUUUGAAGGUUCUGUCUAACAAGGACUACAUCAUUGCACCAAGUGGUGAUGAUGAUAUUCCCUUAUAUCCUAAAAAAGACGACCAUGCAUUACCACAACCUAAAAGGUGUGAACACGUCCUUAAAAUAAAACCUAAGGAUAAUGAAUGCACAGUAGAUGAGUCUACUGACAGGAGACACACAUCUGUUGAGGAACAGGAUGGUGGACAGAGCUUUUUAAUGAGUAAUGAUGUUCCAUCUGUAGCAACAGAGAGUGGUGAGCAAACAGUUGCAGAGCCAGAUGACAUGAGAGACAUAGAUACUCCUGAAGAGUCCCAAAGAGAUCAAUGCAGAAUUGUAGAGUUAGAGCAACAUGGUCACUUUGCAACAAACCAUGAUGGAAAUACUUGUCAUCAGGUUUACACUAUGAGUAGUAUUGACAAAGAACUUGAGAUUAUCUGUGAGGCUGGGAGUACUGUGCAGACAAAAGAACAUGCACAGGAUCCAACUGCAGUUCACUCUUCGUCUAGUGAUAGUUCCUCAGAUGAAGAAAGCUCAUCAAGUGAAAGCUCUGAAUCCAGCUCUGACGAUGAUCUAGAAGACAUCAGAAAAGAGAUUGAAAAAGAGGAGGAUCGUACCUAUGUAGAGCCACUGAAAACAAGAAGUGAACUGUCAGUGAAGGACCUUCCUGAAGUUCCAGAUGUGGAUAUUACUGUUGAUGAAAAUGUUCAGCUUGUAGAACUUGGAGUGGUGUUCAGUGUGGUUGAGUCAUUAGUGGUAGUAAAAGCCUUACCACAAACUCCAGCUUUGGAUUCAGACAGUGCUCUUUUCUUGGAGAACAGAUCCUGUCUUGGUGUGGUUUUUGAGACCUUUGGACCAGUGCAGACUCCAUUUUAUUCAGUCAGAUUUAACAAUGAGGCAGACAUUGACAAAAGAAAUAUUCAUGUAGGAGACAAAGUGUUCUAUGCUCCUGAUAUGAUGGAGUAUUCCAACUUUGUCUUUGUGGCACAGCUUAAAAAGCUGAAGGGAUCUGAUGCCUCAUGGGAACAUGAUGAAGAACCCCCAGUAGAGGCUGUGGAAUUUUCUGAUGAUGAGGAAGAAGCUAAGGUUAAGGCCAGCAAAAAGAAGGAAAGAAUGGCUAAGAAAGGCCCACCUGCAGAUGUUGAUAAAGCAAGUAACACAGAGAGUGAAAGAAAUAUUCAACAGGGAUCCAAUCGAGGUGGCAGGAAAAGAACUUGGCAGAACCGUGGAAGAGGAAAACCUGCCAACCAGAGCCAAGAUGGAGGGAAUUUUGCUACUAGCCCAAGGAGACCCUUUCCCCCUGCAAGAGGCACAUUACCACUCAGGGCACCUCCUCAUGUGGGGCUAAGACCUUCCCUUUUCGCAGGGAAUCCCUACAUGCACCACCCACCUCAAGGUCCUCAACAAUUGAUAAUGGGACAUACAGGACUCUAUACAGGGCUACCUCAAAGAGGUCCAUCUCAAAGAGGCCCAUUUAUGUCACAGCCCAUGGGACCUUCUCCCGAUACAUAUCCUGGCCUAAUGGGAAACGUGCCCCUUCCUCAAUUUGGUACACAGAGGCUGUCUACUUCUCAACAUAUCCCAGCAGGGUUACCACCAGGAUUUGCACCCAGACAUGUUAUUCCUGGACCUGCAGACCCUUAUGACUAUAGAGCAAAUGUUGGACUUCAAGCAAGAAAUGCAGGCUUUCCUAUCUCCUCACCCUCCCCUCCCACACUUCCACCGAACCUUUAAGCCUCCACUAUAAAGGUUAUACAUCACAGUGACAAGUGCUCAUUUUUAUUCCAUGUAACAAUAGAAAUGCCAAUUGUUUGCCAUAAUGCAAAUCUCUUGCACAGAGAAACGUUUUAAAAUGUGUUUGUUAUUGAUCAGUUAUACUGGGUUAAUUUUCCUGUUGUGAAUUUGUGAUUGACUUUCCAGGCAUAACAAUAUCACAUAUCAUGUAAAAUAAUAACCUCAAAGUCACUUGUAGUUAUUCCAGAAUGGAAUGAAUAAUCAAUGUAUUAACUACAUGCAGUUUGGCAGAAUAUGAAUAUUGCAUUUGCUGUUUAACCCUUUCUUUCCCAAGAUCUCAUUAGUGAUUCUUCUUACUGUUUGCCAUGCAAUUCUCAUGAUUUUAGUUCUGAGAAUUUUGUGUUGGAUCAACUAAUAAUCACCUACUUGAUAUUUUUUUAUUAUGCUCUUCAAUAGUCUGAUUGAUAAUGUACUGAUAUUGUGAGGGAAAAUUCUGUCUUGGUCACUCAUGGGAUUUGAAGGGUCAAGGUCUUUCUCAAUAAUUUUGAAAUUGAUAAACCCAGCUUCAUGAAAUACAGUAGUGGGAGAUGCAGUGUCUCAAUGGUUUGUGCCCUAGUAUUCAGGUCAAGAGGUCUGGUUUCAAAACCUAGCCAGGUCAUUGUGUUCAGGAAUAUAUGAAACAUUAAAUAGUGUUAUUACCCAACUGCACAAGGUAGAGUAGAAAAAAAAAACCAUUAAAAAGAGUGAAAUAUCCUGCAAUAUCGUGCAGUUGGUUAUUUUGUACUGUAAUAAAACCUAUUUAACCAGUUUUCUGUGUAUGCUAUGCUUUUCUACCCAAUUUACUUUUCCUGCCUUGUGAGAAAUGUGCAGAAACAAAUGGCAGUAAAAAAGCAGUUGGAUA